CUUUAACCCGUUGAAUGUCACGGGGGUCACUGGUGACCCCCGCGCCAAUAUUUGUAGAAAUACAUAAUUUGAACAAAUGUCAAUAGUUAUACAUUUUUUAUUAUUACCACUGUUACUACAAUGGUGCGACGAAAUUAAUGCAGUAUAAAACAUAUAAAAAUAGUUUUCUUUAUACAUGAAAUAUAGUUCCAUUAUAUGCGCCCCCACCAGUGGCUGUUGAACAUGGGAAAAGCCCUCUUUUUCUGUGUUUUACCUUAAUGAAUAAUAACCCUAAGGAACGUUUCGACUUUAAAGGUGUUUGAUGAUAAUUAAGGGCCUUGACUGUAAAGCAACAAAUGCUAAAUCUUGUAACGGUUCUUCAGAAUUAUUACGGGUCCGAAUAAUACUCAUGGUUAUAAGAUGGCAACCAUCUUGACCGAAAGAUGGAUUAUAAUUUACGGUAGGCACCGGAACGUAGCAACGUGGAACAAUUAUUUAGUAACGCGAAGAAACAGUAUGAGAUAAUUGAUAAUCGCAAAAAAUAAGUGAAUUGCGUGAAAUCGCACGCGUGCCAUUCAACGUGCAUUAAAAAUGCUUAGUCCAGAAGUAUGGAACUUUAAACCACCUCAACAUCAUUUUUCUACCGAAAAAAGAAAUUACAAGAAAACUGAUGUGCCAGAUGUAGUCAAAUUACAUUAUUUUAAUCAUUCUAUAUCUUUAAUACUUCCUGAUGCAGCUAGAAUUCCGGAUGAAUUGCGAACUUGUCUUUCGGAAGACAGCGAUUAUUAUCGAGUUAAUGGGCUGAAUGUAUUUGAAUUAAUAAACAAAGAAUUCAUCGAAGCAUUCGUUAAGAAAGGAGAGUUGACACUUUUAACAAUAGGAAAUAGAAUAGAUGUAGACAAUUCAGUUGCUGUUACACCAACUGGGCAUUUAAUAUUAUCUUUAUUAACAGAAGAUUUUCAGAAGCUUGGUUUAGAAGGCAAAGCUUCCUUCUUUGAUCGUAAAGUGCAGACACGUUAUGUUGUAACUAUUGAUUUAAAGUCUGAAAAUUUUACACCUGGUAAGAAGAAUUAUGAACAUGUUCAAACAUCACUACAGGAGCGUCUUAAUACAAAAUUUGAUGUUAUUGUGUCAUGGAAUCCACCAGAUGAAAAUCUGUGCCCUUCAUCUGUGGCAGCAUGGUUCCAUAAACGCAAAUACAGUGUAUCUCUUUGUCAGCAAACGUUUUUACAAAGAAUUGAAUAUUCUUUACCAAUACCGAUAAUUUCGAAUGAAUUUGAUAAUGACAAAUUUUUUGAAUGGCUUGGAAUUUUUAGUAUCUGUGGUAACUUAGGGAGUAAUAUAGAGAAUGAUUAUGUAAACACAUAUAAAUAUCCAUUGUCAGUUAUAAAUGUUGGUCAAGUAUGGUAUUUACAAUGGACUGGUUUCUUCACAACAAAACAAAUUAAAACUUUCUACAGUAUUGUGGAAGAAUAUGUAUCAAUGAAAAACAGUUUACCUUGGGUUGCUUUACAUGUCCAAGGAUUUUUAGAUAGCCCUGUUAGUUGGGAUUUAAAAGAGCAUACAUUUUAUACAGAUGGUGACAAUAGCUACACUAUUGUAUUUAGGCCAGGCGCUCAUUCUAUUAUACGCAAAAGUUUAAGCUCAAAUAAUAAACCAAGGAUCUUUCAAUAAUUGUAAAUUUUAUUAUAAUUGAUGACAAGUAUUUCUUUGUAAGAAGAAGAAUUAAAAUAUAUUAUUGGUAAUCCAUA